CCGUGAUGCUUAGAAAGAGCCACUGCACAGCACAUAAAACCCUGGGAGAGCAGCUGGGUCCUCAUGGUGCCCCAGCUCUUGGCUGAAGGAGGAAGGCAGAAGAACUGGUUUUACUUUUUGGACUUGUCAGCCUUGUGGAUUUCUGUGCACACCUCUUCAGCUAUGAGUAGAUCAAUAGGACUUGAUAUCUAUGUGGUCAGCUGCUGCAUCCUGCUCUUAUCCUCUAGCCCACCAUGCCUUGCAUAUCCAUUGCUGGAGGAGAAGGACGUGACAAAGGCCCAGUAUGGCUCUUGGGCAGGGAAUGGGGUAGAAGAUGAAAGGAUAAGCAUGCCAAACUUAAUGGACGAGCUGGACCCCUCUGAGCAAACCCUCUUUGAGGAACCAUCUGUAGUGUCAGCAAAGCCAUCUGGGAUACCCUUAAAUGAAGCUUUUACUGCUGAAAGAGAAAUGCGGCCUAUAAGUCCAAUCCAUACCUUCCUAGGUAGUCAGAGCCUGGAUGUCAGCACCACCAUGCCUGGGGCACUGGCUGCUGUAGAAGAGGAGCUCAGUCCCACCAAGUCAGAACUGAAUGAAAAUGGAGAGUUCAAGGCCAUGCUGAUGGUAGCUGUGACCACCCUGAGCCCUCCUGUCCAGGAUGAACCCAUCAAUGUGGCCACCACUGAGGAUUGUGAGGUGGGGCAGAGCUCUGUCACCCUCCAGGCAAGCCCCCCUUCUGUCACAGCUGCAGCAGAGGAGGAGAUAGCAGAGAGCAGCUUGUACCCCUCAGCUGCACCUCAGCCCUACAGUGAGCAGGUGCCCACAUCACAGCCCAGCACUCCCAGCCUGGAAAGGGCAAGUGACUACCUCAUCAUCCCAACUGCACAGCCCCCGAGCGAGAGUUUUGAGGUGGGAAUACCAGAAGCCAACACAGGCACUGCUAUGAGGUUACUGGCUUCACAGGGAACUACUGCUGCUAAUCUUGUGAUCUCUGAGACCUACCUUCAUGUGGAGGCAGAUGCAGGUGUGGGGCAAGGAGAGCAGCCCACUGCAGCAAACACUGCCUCCAGCCUCCAUGCUGAUUCCAUGCCCCCAGACUGGGAUGAUACCAAGCUGGGGAGCACAAGUCAAGGGGGAAGCAUGCAGCAUGAGGAAGUGAGAGAGGACCAAGUGGCAGCUGAAGCAUCCCAGAUCCCUCUGGGAGAUAUAGAGGAAGAGCAGGAUGAUGUGACAAGAGUGUUGCCGUCUCCAGCAUCUGCUCCACCAACUCCAGAACUUAUAAAGGAGAUCAACAUCACAACCCCUGCAGCGGUGCGUGAGGAAGAUGCACUGGUUACUUUCACAGCCAGCAGUGAUGUUUCCCUCACAGGGGACUUGCCGGAUGUAGGUACAGGUGGUCUGAACUCUCUGGAAGACAUAAACAUGGUCACAGCAGAAGAGAAGAGCAUCCUUCCUUCACAGCCAGAGGCUCCUGUGAUGACAGACAUAACACCUGAUCUCUCCUCUACUCUGGAGAACUCACUGGAAGGUCUCACUCAGGAGGUGACAACUAUUGCCCAGGAGGCUGCUGCUGCUCUGACAGCUGUGACACUGCUGCCUGCUCCUGCCCAGGGGACAGGAGCUGUAAGCCUUCCCCAGGAAACCAGUGGGGAGGACACCCAGAUGCUGAGUGCCCCUGGUGCCACCCAGAUGCUGACAGCUGCAGGCACCUCCACAGUAAGAACUCCAGAUGUGGAAGAUCUCACAGAUGUGGUCCUGGUCACUGGUGAGAAGGCUGCUCCAUCUCCUGGUGGGUUGAUGGCUACACAGUCUGGGCAAACAGAGGAAUCAUCCAGCAAAAUGACGGUCCUGGUGACUCCAGCAUCAGUGGCAUCAUCAGUUAGGAGGACAGCUCUUCCAGCUGUGAGGAAGAUCAGUACAGCUGUAACCUAUGGGUUGGAUCGACUGGAAUCAGAAGAGGCUGAGGAAGAAGAAGAAGAUGAAGAGGAGGAGGAAGAAGAAGAGGAGGAAGAGGAAGAUGAAGAGGACAAAGAGAUAGAUUCUAUGGAUGAAAGCAUGGAGGGUGACACAGAGCUGCCAGGCUUCACGCUUCCAGGCGAGACAUCCCAGGAGCCCAUAGCUGGCCUGGAGAACCCUGCAGCUCAGCUGGCUGGGGUGUCCUACCAGGUUCCCGAUACCAUUGAGUGGGAGCAGCAGAACCAGGGGCUGGUGAGAAGCUGGAUGGAGAAGCUGAAAGAUAAGGGAGGAGACAUGUCUAGUGCCAACUUUGCUCAUAGCAGAGCAUCCUGGCCUGGGAUUCAGCCAGAGCGAGCGUUGCAAGGACAGAGAAUGGUUUUCCCAGCGAAGGCAGGGUACAUGUCGGGGAUGCUGGUUCCUGUAGGAGUCGGGAUAGCUGGAGCCCUCUUUAUCCUUGGAGCACUUUACAGCAUUAAGAUUAUGAGUCGCCGGAGGAGGAACGGCUCGAAGAGGCAUAAAAGAAAGCAGAGGGAAUUUAACAGCAUGCAAGACCGAGUGAUGCUCCUCGCCGACAGCUCUGAAGACGAAUUCUGAAUUGAACUGCAGUGCCCUUGUGAUAUCCAGUGACUUAUAGAAGGAGGGAGGGGAGGAAAAGAAAAGAAGGAAGGACUUUCUGCUGCAUCGCUGCUCUCAGCCACCCCAAACACCGAGCAGCGGUUGGUACCACCCCGUCGAACCAGCAUGCUAUGCUCAACGUGUACUGCGCAGUGAUGUUUGUUUUGAUACAGUAGUGAGAUUUCACGUUCACACCCGGCGCCUCAUUCAGAUCCACAGCACAUCUCGUUGCAGCUGGAGCUGAUCUGUACGGAUGAUUAUUUUCCUAUUAUCCUGGUGUACUAUUUCGGUCCUGGCUGGCAGUAAUCUACUCAUAACAAUAGCUCUCACCUAACCUGGGAAUGGAAAUCUUUACUGUGAAUGACUUAUGUCCACUUUGUUAAUUUUAAAUGUUAACAUUACUUGAGCUAGAGUUCAUUAGUGCUGAGAUUAGCUGCUCUGCUUGAUUAAUGAAUUACCCACUUGAACUGUAUCCCUCAUCACCUGAGAAGUGCCCGAGUACAGUGUUGUUGAUACAGUUUGAAGCACAUUCCUAUGCUCUUCUCCCCAGUUCCCACCCCUGCCUUCAGCUCUGCUCCUCGCUUCUUGGAGACACUUGGGAAUGGCCUCAACUCUUGAUUCACUACAACAAUUUUAGUCCAUUUCCAACCAGCACCGUCUGUUACAGCACAAUAAAUAUCAGAGCUCACGUACUGAUGGGUAGCCUUGCAUGGAUCACUUAGCUUUUGUUCAUUGUGCAGGUAGGUAAAAGGAAAGCCAGGUCAGAGGUUUCCUCAGCUUCUGCUGCCUGUACGAAGGCACCAGUGACUGCUUCUCCUCUAACACAUGGCUGCGUUCACAUCGAGGUGGCAGUGAAGCGUGUCUCCUUCCCCAGCUGCAAGUUCCAUUUUCAGCCUCUGAAAAGCUCCGUGAAUGGCAGAACCUUUGGGAGAUCUGAUGGGUCUUGUCUCCGUACCACCAAACACAAGGAAGGCAUCAAAGGUGGUUGAGCUGUCAGGGUGUCACGAGGCUCCUGGCUGCUGGAAAGCAGCAGUAUCCCCAGUUGGAGGCAUGUCCAGAGCAGGUGAGAUGGUUGAGCUGGGAACUCUUGGCCAUAGGGAAGACGUGUAGCUGUAGGACAGAUGGCUGUGGAGGGCUGUGGAGAUGGAUCCUAACGGUGCCUUGGGGUGAGGGCAAGCUGCCUGUAGUGCUAGCAGCAAGUUGCAGAGGGAAACAGACAGUGUCUGAUGUCAUUGAACCAAACAGGGGGAGCUAAUGGUGCUUUGCAGUUGAAAUAGCUAACAACAAAGGGCUGCGUUACUUAUCUCUCUUGACAGUUGUGAAAUGACUCUUUAAUCUUAUGUGUAUGCAAAAUAUCCAUGUUUCCAAGGGGGAAAUCACUGUUCUGUGAGGAGUCAUCCUUCAUAAAGCAAACAGCAUCUGUCACCGAAGGAGGCUUGGUUAGAGAAAUGAGAUCAGACUGAGCUGAGUCCCACUUUUUCUUGGAGGAGGUGUGAGGGAAGGGUGAAUGAGGUGACACUCAUAUAGGGCUUCAUCUUCAGUGAAGGUGAAAAGGCUGCCAGGUUGCCGGGGUCAGAUAUAGUUGAUGGUAAGCAUAUGUCUCGUGGGAUUGUGUGAUAGAGACAACAUUCAGAAGAGCACACCAGAAGAAUCUGAAGCUCAGUUCUCUUUUCAGAGGGUCCUCUGAACAAUAAGUCAUCAGAUGGACAUCCAAGUUCCAAGGAAGCAAUGCUCUUCAGAGCCCGGGUGCUUUCCUGCUGGCCUUCCCCUCCCAUCCAGUGAGUCACCUGGAGGACAGUCAGGACGACCUGUUUUCGAAAUGCUGCUACCAAUGCUAGUCUUCCAGUCCUGGAGCUGUGUGUGGCCCUUGUGCUCAUCCCACUGGGUGGUGGGAAGCAGGUCGGGGGGAAAGCCAUCAGCGCACCAGGCAGUGUCCCUUUUUCUGUCCCUUUAGGACAAGCUCACCCAGCCACAGUGUUUGCCUCUCUCCCCUUUCAUUCCUGCAGCUUUCGUCAGGAAGAUGUUGCUUUGCUAAAAACAGCCCCAGAUCUCUCAACAGCCACUGCCUGGGAGCCCUCUGUUAAGUCCCUACCCAAAACUGAAGUCUUUUUUUCAUUACAAGUGGUCAGUCCAAGGUAAGAACUUCCCUUCUGGACUGGUCACUUCUUGUUUCCUUCUCAUUUCUAUCUCUUUUGGAGCCUGCAGGUGCUUAGGAGAUGUUAACAGCCUGCUAGCAUAGGGCUGCUGGGCCAAGUAGCCUGGGGGAGCAGUUGCCAGUGACUGCUGCAUAGAGCAGGGCUACCAGCAAGAUCCAAACAGCUGGGGAUCAGCAGGGCUUUGUGCAACAGCAGCCUGAGAAGGGCAGCCUCUUCUCAACUUCCCUGUUAACAGUGAUGUGCCUGUGCUGUUUGUGAUAACUGCAGACAUCACAUUGAUAACCAACGAGCUCCUAGGCAGAGGGGAGGAGGAGGAUGGCUGAACAAGGCUGCUGGUGUGAGUGCAGGUAAUGCAGCCCUGGCAGGGCUGUUUGGGUGGGUUGUCAGUUUGAUGGAUUGAAAAGGCUGGUGGGGAGGCAAUGUGGCCUUUCAUUGUGCUAAUUAAUCCUCAGUUUGGGAAACAUUUUCUAUAGUGACAAUCAGUUUCACUGUCUCUCUUCUUCUCAGCCCUUGACAUAGUGGAUUUAAAUUAAAGGCAGCGUGGUCUGUUAGACAAAGCUGGUGUCUGAUGGCACUGUGUGGGUGACCUGGUAUCUAUGAAAGCCACGCAGCUCCCAUUGAGGACACAAAGUGGGUGGCUGUGAUGCUGGUCAUCAGCUGUGCCACGGGUAAGGAUGGCAUUGCUGCAGGUAUCUGACUGGUUGUUCUACAGAUAACUGGGCAGCCUGUAGCCAAAUGGGGUGUCCAGCCAUAUGCACAGCUCGGUGUCGGCUCUGGGGUCUGUGCUUUAGCCAGAUCUGUGGAUAGAAGGGUUGCUCAAAGAUUAUGCUUGUACUUCAGCUUCAUUCCAGUCCUGGCUCUAGCUCUGACCCCCACUCUACCAUGCUUUGCUCCUGGGUUUGCUACCCACCAAUACGGUGCCUUGAGUGGGAGCUGCUGGUUGGUGGGGGCUUACUGUAGGCCAGCUUUACGAGAUCCCAACCAACGUCCCUUUGAAAUAGAGGUCUUUAAUAGUUAUCUUUGGUCAAGCACCUACCCAAGAGCCUGGAUGCUCCUCAUAUCUUCCAAUUUAGUUCUCCUUGGGGUGGAGGCAAGAGGGGCAGCCACAAGCAACCUUAUGUCCCAGUGAGACUUCCAGGAGCUCUUGGAGCACAGACGGGGUUUUCUGCAGAGCCUCUGAUGUCAGUGGGAUUCCUGCAGGUCCUUAAAGCACAAGCAGCAUCCAGUUCCUUCUCCUCUCAUCCAAGACUGGUAGAUUUUGGACUGGGCACUUAAAGGUAUUUUGUGUGCAACUCUUGGAGUUAGAUUAAUUUGCUGGAAAUUAUCAGAUUGCAGCUUGGGGAGGGAGAGGGUUUCCAAUGGGAACUGAAGCCUCGGGUCUCUUAAAGCUCUGCUGGUUCCGUUUGUAUCCCCAGAUUUCUAAAAUAAAAAGCCAAACAGAUUCUUUUGAGAAAUAAAGGAGAAGAAAAGCAGCAGAAAUGCCCUCUGGCCCUGCAUGCUUAGUGCUGGGUGACCUGAAUGAAGAGGUGGGUUGUGCCACUGCUAUGCAGCCUGAGCCCAUUGCGACGGCACAGCUGCAAGGACGACUUUGCUGCAGCAAUAACCCUCUCCUGACUUGGCACAAGACACGUAGCUCACCUCUGUUUUCCCAUAGAUGCCCAGCUUGGGAUUUCUUGAUAGCACAAGCCAGAAUUUGUUGUAGGCAACACUCAACCCUUCCAGCAUUCACAGCCCCAUCUCCAAUAGGAUGAAGCAGCCUGUCUGAUGCGCAGCCCUUGCCAUGAUGAAAUGUUCCUGCACUCCACAGCUGCUGAUUUUUUAUGGUGUCUCUAAUGCCAGGUGUUCACCUUAGAUGAAGUUCCUUUGGACUGCACUGCUUCCAUAGAGGGAUAUUAGCAGUCCUCAUGCUUUCUUGUGGUUUUCAAUUUCGGACGAGACCAACUCCUCAUACUGUAACUAUGGAAUGUAGCACUUUGUUAAAGUAAAACAUUGGAAAAUAAAAAGCUGGCCAUCAUAGCUGACUUUAA